AUGGACGCCAUUGAACGAAUUUUGUCUCGUCCUGUUGCAAAACCCUACCGAUCCAAAAAGAUCGAUCCCAAUAUUGAACCGUAUUUGAACGAAAAUGGCCAUCUCGAUUUUGCACCUGGGGACAUCGAAAAUCCAAAAGAAUGGUCGAUGGCCCGACGAUGGUAUUGCACGAUGGUAGCUAUUUCCCUCGUCGUCAAUGCUACUUUCGCUUCGUCUAGUCCUUCAGGAUCUACAGUCGGCAUUGCAGAACAUUUUCAUGUUUCUGAAGAGGUAGCUGGUCUGGUCAUUACUUUGUUCCUGUUAGGAUAUUGUGCAGGACCUCUUAUUUUCGCUCCUCUCUCCGAAUUCUAUGGUAGACGAUGGGUAUUUUACACGACAUUCAGCUGCUAUCUGGCCUUCAACUUCCUCUGCGCCUUUGCCCCCAACUUUGCUUCAUUACUCAUUGGACGGCUUUUGACCGGCACUUUUGUCAGUGCACCCUUGACCAAUGCACCGGGGGUUUUGGCAGAUCUAUGGGGUCCAAUCGAGAGAGGAAAUGCAAUGGCGGUAUUCAGUGCGUUCACCUUUAUCGGACCUGCCUUAGGACCGGUGGUGUCAGGAUUUCUACAACUGAAGGAAAAUUGGAGAUGGAAUUUCUACGUUUUACUGUGGCUCGGCGGAGUGACCGAGCUGCUCAUGUUCACCCUUCCGGAAACCCACCCCCCGACAGUUCUGAUCAACAAGGCUAGAAGAAUCCGAGCGACAGGAGUGCCACAAUACCAAGCUAUUCAAUCACCAGCCGAGGCAGAAGGACGAAAUCUGCCCGAUAUCUUCAGGGUCGCAUUGAUUCGACCAUGGCAAAUUUUGUUCGACACCAUUUCACUUCUCAUUGCCAUCUACGUUUCCGUUGUAUAUCUACUCCUCUACAUGCUCUUCACCAUUUACCCCAUCGUUUUCCAACAAAAACGAGGCUGGAAUUCGGGAGUGGGCGAGCUCCCAUUGAUCGGAACAGUAGUUGGAGCAGUCAUAGGGGGAGCCAUCAUCUUCUGGGUCUCGGUCGGUGACCGGAAGAAGAUGCUGGCCGGUCUACCUCGCAAACCGGAGGAUCGAUUACCCGUGGCCAUGCUCGGAGGUAUCUUGUUUGCUGCCACGAUGUUCUGGUUCGCAUGGACCGCAGAAUUUAACAGUGUCCAUUGGUUUGUACCAACACUGGCAGGCACUUUUUUGGCCACUUCGAUCCUCCUCAUCUUCGUUGCCUACCUCAAUUAUCUCACCGAUACCUACCUAAUGUACACGGCGAGUGCUAUGGCAGCAAAUACGAUUUGUCGAUCAGCGUGUGGUGCAGCUGCUCCUCUCUUCACACAAUACAUGUUCGAUGCUUUAGGAGUCGGCGGAGGAGGAUCACUGAUUGGGGGUAUUGCCGUUCUUCUGGCCCCCAUUCCUUUCGUUUUCUACAAGUAUGGAGAACCGAUUCGACAACGAAGUAGAUUUGCUCCUACUCCACCAAAAUUCAACGAUGAAGAAAAGAAGGAGCGACAUCAAGGUCCCAUCGACGCGCAGAACUCAAGUUCAAGUUCAAGUAGCGUGAUAAGUAAGUCAUCACUCGAGCACGGUCCAGAUGAAUCACCGAUUGUCGCGAAGAACAAGGAAGAACUGGCCACAGCAUGA